CCCCGCGGGCAGGGCGGGCCCGGCUCCCUCCGCUAAGGGGAUUGGCCACUGGGGGUCCCGGGGGAGGCAGUUUUCCCACCCUGCCGAGUGAGCCGAGCCAGCCCAGCCCAGCGCCUGCGAGGGUCCGGCACGCGCCAUGCUGCGGGGAGCCCUGAGGCUGCUCCCACCCCAGUUGCGAGGCCGAGAGCUCGCCUUACCCCGCCGGGCGCGCCCCCUUAGCAGCGGCUCCGGCACUGCGGGGCGGGAAGAAAAGCCAUCUUCUUUCUUGGGAACUAAAUGGAAAGAUACAGCAGAGAUAGUGAUUAUUGGAGGUGGUUGCAUUGGUGUAAGUCUUGCUUACCACCUGGCCAAGGCUGGCAUGAAGGAUGUCAUUCUGCUUGAAAAAUCUGAACUGACGGCUGGAUCUACUUGGCAUGCAGCUGGGUUAACAACUUACUUUCAUCCUGGAAUAAAUCUGAAGAAAAUCCAUUACUACAGCAUCAAACUCUAUGAAAAAUUGGAGGAGGAAACUGGGCAGGCUGUGGGAUUUCAUCAGCCAGGCAGCAUCAGAAUUGCUUCCACUCCUACUAGAGUGGAUGAAUUCAAGUACCAAAUGACGCGAGCUGGUUGGCAUCCAGCAGAGCAGUGUCUUAUUGGGCCUGAGAGAAUACAAGAGCUGUUUCCCAUAUUGAACAUGGAGAAGGUUUUAGCUGGCCUGUAUAACCCCGGAGAUGGUCAUAUUGAUCCCUAUUCUCUCACUAUGGCCUUGGCUGCAGGAGCCAGGAAAUAUGGUGCCUUGUUAAAUUAUCCAGUCCAAGUGACAAAUCUGAGCCCUAGAUCAGAUGGGACCUGGGAAGUUGAAACUCCACAUGGAAUAAUUAGAACAAACAGAAUUGUGAAUACAGCAGGCUUCUGGGCUCGUGAAAUAGGCACAAUGAUUGGACUGCACCAUCCCCUAAUACCUGUUCACCAUCAAUAUGUUGUCACAUCAACUAUCCCUGAAGUGAAAGCCCUGAAAACGGAAUUGCCUGUGCUUCGUGACUUAGAAGGAUCAUAUUAUCUAAGACAGGAAAGGGAUGGGCUUUUAUUUGGUCCAUAUGAAAGUCAGGAGAAAAUGAAACUACAGGAGUCAUGGGUAACAAAUGGAGUCCCACCAGGUUUUGGAAAGGAACUUUUUGAGUCUGAUUUAGACAGAAUAAUGGAUCAUAUCGAGGCUGCAAUGGCAAUGGUCCCAGUCCUGAAACAAGCAGACAUCAUUAACACAGUUGCUGGUCCUAUCACAUAUUCUCCAGACAUUCUUCCUAUGGUGGGACCACAUCAGGGUGUCAGAAAUUACUGGGUAGCAAUUGGCUUUGGAUAUGGCAUUAUCCAUGCUGGAGGCGUCGGAAAGUAUCUCAGUGAUUGGAUCCUAGGUGGGGAGCCUCCUUUUGACCUGAUAGAAUUAGAUCCCAAUCGCUAUGGAAAAUGGUCCACCACCCAAUAUACAGCAACAAAAGCAAGAGAGUCUUAUGGAUUUAACAACAUUGUUGGUUAUCCUAAAGAAGAAAGGUUUGCUGGGAGACCUACAGAGAGAGUCAGUGGGCUUUAUAAAGUGCUUAAAUCUAAAUGCUCAAUGGGUUUCCAUGCAGGAUGGGAGCAACCUCAUUGGUUCUACAAGCCUGGAGAUGAGAUUGGAUACAAACCCAGUUUUCGACGCACAAACUGGUUUGAACCUGUGGGUCGUGAAUAUAAGCAGGUUAUGGAAAAAGUUGGUGUGAUUGACCUGACACCAUUUGGCAAGUUUAUUGUCAAAGGGAAUGAUUCGGUUAAACUGUUGGAUCACCUGUUUGCAAAUGUCAUUCCAAAGGUGGGUGCUACAAAUAUAAGUCACAUGUUAACACCGAGAGGCCAAGUCUAUGCUGAGCUAACCGUCUCUCACCUGUCUCCAGGGGAGUUUUUGCUGGUGACUGGUUCUGGGUCAGAGCUCCAUGAUCUGAGAUGGAUAGAAGAGGAGGCACUGAAGGGUGGAUACAAUGUUGAGAUUAAAAACAUUACAGAUGAGAUGGGAGUACUUGGCAUAGCAGGUCCAUUUGCACGAAAGGUUCUCCAGAAACUGACCAUUGAGGAUCUCAGUGAUUCUGCAUUUAAAUUUCUUCAGUCCAGAUAUAUUAAACUUUCUGAUAUUGCUGCUACUGCUAUUAGGAUAUCCUAUUCAGGUGAACUGGGUUGGGAACUCUACCAUAGAAAAGAAGAUUCUGCAGCUCUGUACAAUGUCAUCAUGGAAGCAGGCCAGGAAGAAGGAAUCGAUGACUUUGGAACUUAUGCUCUGAAUGCCUUAAGGCUGGAAAAAGCUUUCCGGGCCUGGGGAGCAGAGAUGAACUGUGACACUAAUCCUCUGGAAGCUGGACUGGACUAUUUUAUCAAGUUAAACAAGCCAGCAGACUUCAUAGGAAAGCAAGCACUGAAGCAGAUUAAAGAAAAGGGGCUUAAACGGCGACUGGUGUAUCUCACCUUGGAAACAGCUAACAUUGAUCCAGAGGGAAAUGAAAGUGUGUGGCAUAAUGGCAGAGUUGUUGGCAAUACCACAUCUGGAAAUUACAGCUACAGUACCCAGCAGAGUCUGGCUUUUGCAUAUGUCCCCACAGAACUCAGCAAAGUUGGACAGAAGCUGGAAGUUGAACUGCUAGGACAAAAUUAUUCAGCAACCAUUGUAGAGGAACCACUGGUUCUGACCGAACAAACAAGAACACGCCUUCAGAAAAAGGGUGGGAGUGCCAAGGUGUAAAUCCAGAGGGCAGUUACAGUAAAUUCUCCAAUAUCAAUUGGCUUGACUUAUAACCAUGAAAUACAAAUUUCAGAGGGGUAGCCAUGUUAGUCUGUAUCAGCAAAAAGAACGAGGAGUACUUGUGGCACCUUAGAGACUAACUAAUGUAUUUGGGCAAAAGCUUUUGU